AUGGAGGUAGAGGGGGAGGAUAUGGUGGUGAUGAUUGAUGAUGAAGACAGCUGGGACAUGGACACCAAUAUCCUCGACACGCCCGAGCACACGGCGGAAAACGAUUUGCUGAAGAUUGCAGGAGAGAUCCAUGUGUAUACGUAUGGGUACUCUAUGGACACAUGA